AUGGCCAGUCCAGCUGCUCUGCUUGUGUCUAUCAGGCACCAGGCAAAGGCUCUCCGCACCCUCCGGGCUGCUGCAGCCUCCCAUCCUCCCGGCAGCUCCCCGCAGCCUUCCCACACCCAAACCUUCAGCACCAGCGGGUCUGGCCCAGCUUGGCACAGCCUGGGAGAGGAGACAGAGGUGUCCAAACCUGGUGGGGCUCAGGAGCUGAAGGAAGAGAGAAAAGCCCCAGGGAAAUGCCCUGAGGAAGGAGAAGAGAGUGGAGACCUAUCUCCUCUCAGCCCACAUGAGCCCAGGCCAGAGAGGCUGGCCCAGCCAGGGCUGGCAAGGCAUGAGACGCUUCGAGAGAUGGCUCUGCGCAGCAAGAUGUCCCGACUAGUAGAAGCGACUUUCCAGCUUGUACAAGUAGAACAGACUCUCUUGCUUCCUCUCCUACAGCAGCAUCCUCUUCCUCUCCACACAAAAGAUAGCAUUGAGUUUAGAAACAUCUGUAGUCACAUGGCUUUACAGAAAGAGGGACAAAAAUUUGAGAGAGACUUACAUGAAGCCCACCAGUGUUUGAAGACGAUCAUUGAGAAACUAAUUUGUUCAUUGGCAGUUUUCCCCUCCGAUUCUUACAUUCCAGUCCGAUCUGCUCUGAGACAAGUCCUGCAAAAUCUCCUGGCAAUGUGA